AGGGGUGUAUGUGCGCAUAACAUAAAGUAUUGGUUGCCACAGUUACCAAAACGCCAACCUCGCUGCAUCAUUGCUUGAGACAACCUUCAUACAAAAAAUAUCCUCCCAUUCAUCCCUCCUUAAACUCAUCUAGAUGUUCACCUGUCGCUUAAAAACGGAAGGACGCUGAACUUUCUCUUAUCCAACAAGAUCCUCAGAUGUGUGUGCCCGGCUCUGUGUGUGUUUGUGAGCAUGCUUCAUAUACAUUGCCUGUAUGCACAUUGCCAUGGCUACCAGCAGUGCUAGCUGGCGUCAUCACUUCAAACCACCUUCACAGGGAGGAAAAGAGAGAAAGAAAAGGACUCAAAGCAGCUCCCUUCUGUUCAUCACCUGCACUCUCUCUUCCUCAAACUAACACACAGAAAAGCAUCUUCAGCUUCUGCUGUGGUCUCAUAUUCCGCUGAGCUCACCCACUCCGGCCAUUGGGGUCCAGUGGCACAGAGGGAGAGGAGGGGAGAUGGUGGAAAGGAGAGAGGAGUAGCGCGGGGAAGGCUUCACUUCAUGCAUACUGAUGUGACUGGAGCUAUCUGAAUGUGUUUCCGAGGGUGUCGGCAAAGUCUGGCUUGAAUCAUCCCCCUGCCUCUCAGGGAAGAAAAGACAAGGAGCGGAGAGAGAAGGAACGAGAUAUUGACAGUUUAUUGUGUCACCUUACAUCAUCCUCAACUGGAAGAAUCUACUCUGCCUCACAAUGGCUGACAACAACCAGUUGCCACAGGAUACAGGAUUCAAACCGAUCAUGUGAUCCGCCUCCUUCACCAGUUCCCUGCCAUCUCUUGUAGGGGGAUCAUGACCCGCCGGCUGAGCAGCUCCACUCGUUCCCACACUGAAGACUCCAUCUUCCUGAGGCCCGAUGAGGACCCCGUCUGGUUGGAUGAACCCACAAAGGUGGAAAAGAUAGGUGAUGGAGCCGCUAAAAAGGAUGGUGUGUCUGACUGUAAAGAUGGAGGCCAAAGCCAGGAGGGAGAGGAAGUGUUUAUCCACAAAGUGUAUGCGUUGUUUGUGGAGCUUCAGUGCUGGGCUGCACUGUUCAUCAGCUCUCAAGUCACAGGGUAUUGGGUGUUCUUUGUGCUGGAAGGAAAUGGACCACUCUCUUCCUUCUACAAAGCCCUUCAGGUCAUCGACUUCUACUUGGGCUUCUUUUUACCAUGUCAAGCAAUUUUUGGAAUGGACUCUACAGUGUUGAUGAAAGAGGUACAAAACACCACACAGCACAACUGGAUUGUAAGCGGCACAGCGGUCAUUGGAGUGGCAAUCUUUGUUAUCAUGGUGAUCCACAUGGUGUCUAAGUGGUGUUAUGGAACUGGCUUGUGGUCAUCAGGAACAAUUUCCAGAGAGAUCGGUGAUCGGCGGCAGUCUGUGAGCCGCCAACCCUCCUUCACCCUGUCAGAGUGGACUGAUGCCCAGGAGGAUCUGAUGGAGCUUGACCCGGUACCUCAGACGCCAGUCUUUGACAUGGGCUCAGACACCAGGAUGGAAGGAGAUGCCUCCACACUCACCGUCACCCCAGUGGGGCUUCAGGAGAGGAGAGGCUCCAAUGUUUCUCUGACGUUGGACAUGUGCACGCCAGGAUGUACAGAACCCUACGGCUACGGGGCUCAGCUCUCUCCCCGAGACCAGUCGGCCCAGGAGUACCUCCGACAGGGAACGCACGUCCUGACCCCUGCCAUGCUGCACACAAGGGCCAUGGAUGACCAGAGCCUGCAGGCGGAGUUUUAUGAAACUCCCAUGAACUUUGUGGACCCUAAGGAGUAUAAUUACCCAGGGCUUGUGAGAAAAAAUCGCUACAAGACCAUUUUACCCAAUACACACAGCAGAGUCAUCUUGAAGUCACAGGAUGAAGAUGAUUUUCUUUCAACCUACAUUAAUGCGAAUUAUCUCAAAGGUUAUGGGGAUGAGGAACAAGCUUACAUUGCCACGCAGGGCCCUACUGUGAACACAGUGGGAGACUUCUGGAGGAUGGUGUGGCAGGAGAGAAGCCCGAUUAUUGUGAUGAUCACCAAUCUGGAGGAGAAGAACGAGAAAUGUGCAGAGUACUGGCCUGAGGACACUGUGACCCAUGAGGGCAUAGAGAUCACUGUUGUCUCAGUAACUCAAGAGGAUGACUACAGCCUGAGGGUGUUUACUCUAAAGUGCGGGGAAGAGGAGCGCACCCUUCGGCAUUACUGGUACAUCUCCUGGCCGGAUCAGAAGACCCCAGAUAAGGCUCCACCCCUGCUGGAGCUGGUCCAGCAAGUGGAAGGAGCCAGAGAGGAAGCCCUGCCAUCCAGUGGCCCAAUAAUUGUCCAUUGCAGUGCUGGGAUUGGUCGAACUGGCUGCUUCAUUGCCACCUCCAUCCUGUGCAAGCAGCUAAGGACUGAGGGUGUGGUUGACAUCCUGCGAACCACCUGCCAACUCCGUCUGGACAGAGGUGGAAUGAUCCAGACCUGUGAGCAGUACCAGUUUGUGCAUCAUGUCCUCAGCCUGUAUGAGAAGCAGCUGUCUCACUCCGCUGAAGAAUAACGUGAGCACGACAGCCACACCCAGACCGAGACACACCACUGUACACCGUACCACCUGUGGUGGUAUGCACCACCUUACCUAGCAUUGUCACACAAUCUCACCCUUUAACAACCCAAACCAUGUUAAUCUAUUCAUCCAAACCAGGCUCGUUCAUAUGGGACCGUGCUUAAUGUUGCUGUUCAGAAUCAACAAAGAGGUGGAAUAGAGGCGUGUCGGAAAAAUCCUUAUCGAAAACUGUUUUAACAUCUGUCCAGCAGGCCUGUUCUAAUCCAAGCCCAUGGUCCCUGUGUUGCUUCAUUCGUGCUGCUGAGACUUUGCAUCAAACUGAUUCUCAGAGGUCUGAGUUGUCAAGGCCUUGUUUCAGUCUUGGUCUGAAAUAGCUCCAUUAUGUAAUGAUUGUACAGCUAUCAAAAGGUUAUAGUAGAAGUAAGGCAUUCUCAGAUCUCUCGCACUAGAGUUUGCUUUAAGAAAAUUCACUCUAAGAAAGCUAGUGAUUAAAAUAAGGGCCCUUUACAGUAUAAGUGCCAGCAUAAUUGAAUCCUACAGAGAUAAUCAAAUGCCAGCCUAAUAUGUACCACUAUAUUGAUGUAAAAUGUUAACCAACAUCUAGCUUUUUUCUCACUGACUCUCUUUUAAAGUAAAAAAACAAAUUGCAGAAGGCCUGAGUCACCUCAUUUUCAGGUUGCAUGGUGCUAAGUAUUUGUUAAAGGCAUGUGCAAUGUUAUGGAACAUAGGAAUGUAAAAGUUAGGUUAAUUAGGGUUUCUGUGCAAACUAAAGUAUUUAAGUUUUUUUUUAGUCCAGGCUGCGUGUGGCAGUUCUCAUGGCCCUCGGUGUUUACAGAAAACAACAUCCUAAAUGUUUCCGUCAGAGGCGUCACAGAGCCACAGCAAAGUGGCAAAAGCCAGAAACAGAAUCCCAAAACGGGAACAACAGCAUGGAAACGGGCGAUCUUGCAGAGAAAAGCAACAACCUGGAGGGCGGUGACAUUCAGUUUGUUUUCAUAUCCCUCUCGUCAGAAUUAUUCCAUAACAGUUUGUCGUCCUUCUGCUCUGUGAUGCCUCUGCUUACAACAGUAGCUUGAAUGCAUCUGUGAGGUAACAAAGCUCAUGAUUGUUGUAUAGACAGGCCAGGCCUAAUUUGUAUGAAGCACAAUAGACCAACUAAGGUUGUCUCUCUGAUGUUCAGCUGUAAAGCUUAUUUUUCUGUAUUGUGUUUUUGAUUGUGUUGAGUUUAAUGGAUUGCAUGUGCCGUAUGGGACUCAGUAGGGUCCACAAUCAAAGCGACGUGAUUGGUUGUCCCGCUUUUUGUUGUGUGAAAAAAAGGUAAAAGCCUAUUAUUAUUAUUAUUAUUAUUAUUAUUAUUAUUAUUAGUAUUAUUAUUGCUUGCUCUCAGCCAAUGCUUUUGAUACAGUUUGCUUUUGUGAAACCAACCAGAGAUAUUUUUAGAACAUUUUGAUACAAUCCUUUCGAGUAGAUGCCUUGUGUAUAUUUCUGUUUACAACAUAAUGGAAUGUAGCUCAUACUGUGGAUCAAAACCAUUGGUUUAUAUUGCAAGAUUUAAGAGAACAAAAUGUGACAACUACCUAAGUUACCUUACAGUAAAGUAAAUAGAUAUAUUAUGUUCAGUCUUGAGUAUUACUAUUACUUUAGGCCUUUAGGCUUUGCUUUAAUAUGCUUUGCUUUCUGUGUAUGUUUUUAUUGUUUAAUCUUGGAGAAUUUUACCUCAGACUGAGUUUUUACACAGUCCCUGUUUCCAUCUGUGAAUCUAGACCACUCUCAGUUGACAACACAGUUGAGAAAUAAAUGCUAUGUGCAAGGCAGCUAAAACAGUGCAGAUAAUUUUCUAUGUAACAAAAAUCCAACAACUUCUAUGGCUGUGAACAUUAUCAGAGGACCUAAAAAAUUACUUGUGUGGGCUCUGACCCGUAACUAAACACGAAAUCAACAAGAAGGAUUAAACUGCCAAAAUUGCUAGUAAAAUAACACUGAACUGAGACUGGCAACAAAUACCACAAUCUAUUGCCAGGGCUCUGACAUAAUCCUCUGAUAAUGUUCAGUGUCCUCGACCCAACAGCUUUUCUUUUGAGUGUUUGUUACCAGUGCUUCAAUUGUCCUCUUCUAAUGUUUCAAAUGAAGAUGACAAAAACAGCCAGUCACACAUACAAUAACCAGCAAUCAGUAUUCCUCUCCUCUGCUAAAGUAUUGCUUUAAGUUGUGAGUUUUUGCAUCCGAAUAAAAGUAGAUUUUCAUGAA